GCCACAAGUGCUGCUUGGAAAGGGCUCAGGUUGUUUUCACAGGGAGAACUCUGCAGAGAAGAGAGAAAGUUCAGCAGGACAACAAAGGAGCAGUAAAACAGCCAGGAAAACGAACAGCCCUCACGUUUCCACACAGAACCCUCAUCAGAGUUCUCACAUCCUAAAGUAUUCUGUGAAGUACCACUUGACCGGAACUUUUCUCCUGCCUUUUCCUGUCUCCAACCAUCAUGACUGAGAUCACUGCUGAAGGCAAUGCAUCUACUACCACAACUGUCAUAGACAGCAAAAAUGGAUCUGUGCCCAAAUCCCCCGGAAGAACACUGAAGAGGACAGUGACGGAAGACAUAGUGACGACAUUCAGCUCCCCGGCUGCCUGGCUGCUGGUCAUUGCUCUGAUCAUCACCUGGUCAGCUGUUGCUGUUGUUAUGUUUGACUUAGUGGAUUACAAAAACUUUUCGGCAAGCUCUAUUUCCAAGAUGGGCUCAGAUCCUCUAAAACUUGUACAUGAUGCUGUGGAGGAAACUACAGACUGGGUCUAUGGCUUCUUUACUUUGUUGUCUGACAUCAUCUCGUCUGAGGGUGAUGAAGAUGAUGAGGAUGGGGACGAGGACACUGAUGAAGGAGAAAUAGAGGAACCUCCCUUGAAAAAGAAAGAAAUACACAAAGAAAAGACUGAAAAUCAGGAGAAACCUGAAAAGAAAAUACCAACCAAAGUUACACACAGAGAAAAAGAAAAAGAAAAAGAAAAAGUGAAAGAAAAACCUGAAAAGAAAGCAACUCACAAGGAAAAAAUUGAGAAAAAAGAAAAACCAGAAACAAAGGCAGUGGCAAAAGAAGACAAGAAAGCUAAGACUAAAGAAAAGAUCGAAGAAAAGAUUAAAAAGGAAGUGAAAAGUGGGAAACAGGAGAAAGUGAAGCAAACAGCUGCAAAAGUAAAAGAAGUACCGAAAACAUCACCUAAACCCAAGGAGAAGGAUGAAGAAGUGACUGCAGCUGUCUCCAAGCAUGAACAGAAAGAUCAGUAUGCAUUCUGUCGAUAUAUGAUUGACAUGUUUGUCCAUGGGGAUUUAAAACCAGGACAAAGCCCAGCCAUACCACUUCCAUUACCAAAAGAACAAGCUUCCAAACCCUCUCUAGCAUCACCUACUCUUGAAGAAAAAGAAGAGGAAAAGAAGAAAGCUGAGAAGAAAGUGACUUCAGAAACAAAAAAGAAAGAGAAAGAAGAUGUCAAAAAGAAAACUGAGAAGGAAACUGUCACUGAGGUGAAAAAAAAAGAACCAGGGAAAACUCCUGAAGCCAAACAAGGAACUAUAAAAGUUGCAGCACAAGCAGCAACUAAAAAAGAUGAAAAGAAGGAAGAUUUCAAGAAAAUAAAAACACCUGCAGAAGAACAACUCAAGGGAAAAAAACAGGAAAAGAAAGAAAAACAUGUGGAACCAGCAAAGUCACCAAAAAAGGACCAUUCAGCUCCAAGUGACAAACAAGUAAAAGCAAAAACUGAACAAGCCAAAGAAGAGACUGGUGCUGCCUCAACUAAAAAAGUUGUACCUGGGAAGAAAGAAGAGAAAACAACCAAGACAGUGGAGCAAGCUACAUAAUAAAUAUAUCACUCCAGAAUAUACUCAAGAAAAAUAUGGAAGCACAGAUUUAAAACUUUUAAAGUGAUGUUGGUCUCUAUUGGAGUUCAUAGUGCUAAUAAUUUUAAUUAUGGCUCCCCCAACUCUUUGACUUUUUAUUUAUUAUAAUAUAAUAUUUCUUACUUAUUAUAAUAAAGUCAGAACUAGUAAUAAUUUUGUCAAGAAGGAAAUCAAAAUAAUUUCCCUUCAAAUUUACAAUGCAGUUAAAUUUCUAAUAUCAGAAAUUUAGAAUUUUUGAUAUAAAUCUAUCAAGAGAAUCCUUUAAUCCCUCUCAUUUCAGAGAAGUAAAUUAAGAGUAAGAAUUGAAUUACGUUAAAAGAUUGGUUAAGGAUUUAUUUCCUUGGGCUUUUCAAAAUAAAAUCACAUUACAAUCACACUGAAACACUUUUCAAAUUCAUUCUGGCUUCUGGGACUACCUGAAAUUUUGGAAUUCAAAGGAAUGUUUGUAUGAACUUCUUUCUGAAGUAGGUACUUCAGCCUCUGAAAUACAAAGCAGAGGAGGAGGAGCACUGCCUCCCAGUUUUAACUUGUUCACUGAGGCAAGGCUAUGGGCCUAAAUUUCCUUUCAAAGUGGAACUAAUUAUGUCUGACCUGCCUAUCCAGUAAGAUAUGGAGUUCAAACAAGAAAACAUAUAUGAAAAGAAAGGAUAUGAAAAAUCAUAAAUUCCAGAUAAGUCUAUAGUGUUUACUCAGACAUUUUUCCUUGUAAAAUCAGUUUCAAAACAGAUGAGAUAAACUAUUUAACUACUUUAAUUUCACUAAGCUUCAUAGUAUUUUCCCCCUCUAAUAUAAAAGGUGCUGAUUACUUAUCUUAGGGCAUUCCUAGAUUGCUUUCAUAGUCACAGCACAUUAAGAGAAAAUUGACUAGAAUAUAAAAUGCCCACACUAAUCAUAGUACCUAACAGAUAACUGAUUGAAACAUGGAUUAUUUCUUUUGACUUGCAUGUUGGCAUCACUUUCAGUAAUUCUAUUGAUGAGGAAAUACUCAGAAAGCUCUCAAAUCCCUCCCCUUCUUGGCAGGUGUGGUGAGAAGCCAAGAAAGCUAAGGAAACAGGGUUUCUAUUAGGCUUCAGAAAUACAGAGGAAUCACAAGGUUCUUGGGUGCUUGGGAUGGAAACAAUGUAACAAUGUAUUCCCCCCAGACCGGGACUCAGUGGUAUGGAACAGUUGAUCAUAGUCAUGGAAGCCCAUUAGUUUAUAACACAGUAUCCGGGUAACCUUUACAGAAAUGGAUUAAAAUAUAACUAGCAUCCUGAAUACACCUAUAGUGAACUAAUAGCUCCCACUGCAACAUUUCCUGGGUGCUGACUCCCCCCUAGCUUUGCAGUAAAUGUUUAAAAGACAUGGCCCUGCUGUACUCGGGGUUCAGACCUUUGGAGAUCACUCACCUCUGAGCCCGCCAGCAUAAAAUAAACCUCCACCCUCCCAGACCUCCAAGUGCCGCUUGGUUCUUCAGUCAGCGAUCCCGUCCAAGCUUUCUGGUUUUCGGUAACACUGUAAUGUUUCCUCAAAUAGAUAGGAGACUAGAAAUGGCUUUCACAGAUGUGAACUUACUCCUCAGAUGAAUCUAUAAUUCAUUUUUUAAUUAAAAAUACCUAUUAUCUUACAAAAGCUUAGAGUCUUGGUUUCUGUAAAAAAAAAGAGAAAGAGAUAAGAUGUCCUUUCAAUUGGCUCUUUUUAUGUUGACUUUGUAAGUCAUUUCAGUUUUAUAUACUAGAAAGUAAUGACCUCAUAGUUUUCAACUAAAAAAAAAAGAAAUAGAGUGGAGAACUUGCAUAUUUUUGUGAUGGUAUAUCUAUGACUAAUAAUCAAUAUGAAAAAUAUGUAUUUUGUGAUUUUAAUAAUGCAGAAAGUUUAUUUGGGAAUAAAUCAGUGGCAUUCUGCAGAUUUCAUCCUAAUAUUCUGAUAUUUAUUCAUUAGAUGAUGUUUUAAGACUGUUGUGUACUUACCUUCCUUGUGCAGUUUUUACUUGUCUUUAAAAGUAUAAAAUCUAAAACUAGUUUGUAAUGCAAUGAAAUACAGUUAAAUAGAUUUUAAGGAGUUGUUUUCUUUCAUUCAAGUUUGAACUGGUGAACUUGUAGGGGAAAAAACAUGAUUUUCAUAAUUCUUAUUAGAUUUAAAAUAUUUUUGGUGAUUUAUAUAAAACUGUGUAUAUUGAACCUCUGGCUUAGUCUGCAUUAUAAUUGUGCUUGGGGAAGAUUGCUUAAGCUACACUUCAUGUUCUGAGAAAUUCCUAUAGUAAAAGGUGGACUGAAUUUUAUGUUAAUGUAAAUUAAACUAGGUCUCAUAUUUUGUAAGAAGUAGAAAUGUAGUUAAUCUAACUUUUGCAGAAGUCCAAAAAUCUAACUCUAUUUUAUCUCUAAUUCAUGUGUUUAUCAGUUAUUCUUAUAAAAAUUUUAAAUUGGCUUAACUGUAUUUUGAGUAUUAAGAAACACUUUAUAAAUUCUUCCACUGUAAAAGCACACACACAUGCUCACACACACACACACACACACUAUUCCUCCUUUUUUAGAAAGCAAUUACCUAGAAGCAUCAGGAGACACAAAUAUUUUCCACAAUAAAUGUUACUAUUAUGGUGAGAGUCAAGGAAUGCCAAAGAUAAAACAUUACCCGUGCUACUGUGUAAGGAUUCAUCUUUAUAUAUUUGUAUGUUAUAUCUAGAAAAAGUUCAUAACAUUUCAUUGAGCUUAAAUUUGAAAAAUUAAAUUUUAGUAGUUGCAACUGUUGUGAAUUAAAAAAAAAUUUGAAAUAGAAAAUUAAACAUUUGCCCAAUUAAACCAAUGUAUGAAUCUAAAUAUAGAAAUAUUAGGCCUUAUCCUCACUUUUCUUAUCUGUACAAUUAUGGAGCUGAAUUGGAUGAUCUGAUGCUCCUUCCAAAUGUAAAACAUUUUUGUUCAACAAAGUUUUAAAGUGUAUGUUCCUUACAUCAGAGUAUAGAGUCUUUUCCUUCUUUAGAGGAAGGUUGGUCUGAAGAGACUUUCAUUUAUAGGUUUCUGCAAAACUUAGAUUCAAAUGCUAUGAAAAAACACACUUUAUAAACUUGAAUACUUAUAGAUACUGCGGUAUCCUAAAAUUAAACUGAAAAUUUCAUUGCAUAAAUAUUAAGUAUAGUUUUCCAUCCUCAUAACAAUUGAAAAUCACUUCCAGAUCCAGUUAAGUAGAAAUGUCACAGAAAAAUAUUCAUGAAAAAAGAUUAAAGAGAAUUUGAGUGCCUAUUAACCACAAGAAUAAAUUUGAGCACAAUUAGUAGUCAUUUUAUUAAGGGUCAGAUUUGAGCAUGUGGAUCAUAAAUGUAUCAAAUGCAGUUAAUUUCCUGUAAUAAAAAAUUCUAUCCUGCUUUCAACUAAGAAAUGUUACUAAAUUCAUAAACACACUAAUUUGUGUCCACCUGAAGAGUUUCUGUCUUUUUUGUCUUUGAUGCUAUUUUGUAAACAGUGGUACCCUACAAAAUUGUAUUAGUGUUUUAAGUUGUCACAACAGUAGGUGAAACCCAAGGGCCAUUACAUGCUUUGUGUAUUUGUCACUGUCCUCAUUCACUUUUUUGGAUUAUUGUACAUGUACUGGUCUAUUUAGAAUAUGUGAUGUGUACUUACUAUAGAUUUAUCCCAUACUUCAAGUGAAUGUUAACAUUCAAGAGUAAUGAUCUCCCUUAGAGAAAUGUAUUUAUUUAAAUAAUGAAUGCUUCUAUUUUAUGGUAUGUCAACAUUAUUAGAAAAAGAAAGUAAUGAUUUUACAUUUAAGAUCAAUGGAGUAAAAGUGAAAGUUUAGUUAAUACAACUUGUAUUUAAUUAUUUGCUUGAUAUGUGAUUAAAAAUUACCUAUUUGCACAUGUGGACUAAGUCAUGCUGUUGACCCUCAAUAAAUGUUAAAUGAUAAUAACAAUA